AGCGGUCCAUUUUCUGGAGAAGGCACCACAUCUUCACUGCAGACAAACGGACUAAGAAAUGCAACGUUACGUGGCCACCACAGUGCUACUGGCAGCUCUGGUCAUCAAUGGCCAAGCUGCACCUCAGGCCAGGCCUCUCGUUCCUGGUCAGACGCUCCCGGGCUUUAUUAAUGUUCCCUCUCUGAAGCCAGCAGAACCUGAAUACGAAUCAAGGGCUCCAGCUCCUGGACAAGUCGCCCCGGCCCCCUGCAUUAUUGUAUACCCUGAUGUUCUCCCUAGUGAAAUUUCUCGCCCUGAGACCAGGCCCCUCGAGCCACCAGCAUUCACUCCUGAAACCAUCCCUGGAGUGAUUUCUCGCCCUCAGACCAAGCCUCUGUUGCCCCCUGUUGCGGCUCCUGAGCUCCUUCCCGGAUUCGUUGGACGUCCCCAGACCAGGCCCCUCGAGCCACCAGCAUUCACUCCCGAAACCAUCCCUGGAGUGAUUUCUCGCCCUGAGACCAGGCCUCUGCUGCCCCCUGCUUUCAACCCAGAGCUUCUACCAGGAUUCGUUGGACGUCCCGAGACCAGGCCCCUCGAGCCACCAGCAUUCACUCCCGAAACCAUCCCUGGAGUGAUUUCUCGCCCUGAGACCAGGCCUCUGCUGCCCCCUGCUUUCAACCCAGAGCUUCUGCCAGGAUUCGUUGGACGUCCCGAGACCAGGCCCCUCGAGCCACCAGCAUUCACUCCCGAAACCAUCCCUGGAGUGAUUUCUCGCCCUGAGACCAGGCCUCUGCUGCCCCCUGCUUUCAACCCAGAGCUUCUGCCAGGAUUCGUUGGACGUCCCGAGACCAGGCCCCUCGAGCCACCAGCAUUCACUCCCGAAACCAUCCCUGGAGUGAUUUCUCGCCCUGAGACCAGGCCUCUGCUUCCCCCUGCUUUCAACCCAGAGCUUCUGCCAGGAUUCGUUGGGCGCCCCGAGACCAGGCCCCUCGAGCCACCAACAUUCACUCCCGAAACCAUCCCUGGAGUGAUUUCUCGCCCUGAGACCAGGCCUCUGCUGCCCCCUGCUUUCAACCCAGAGCUUCUGCCAGGAUUCGUUGGGCGCCCCGAGACCAGGCCCCUCGAGCCACCAACAUUUACUCCCGAAACCAUCCCUGGAGUGAUUUCUCGCCCUGAGACCAGGCCUCUGCUGCCCCCUGCUUUCAACCCAGAGCUUCUGCCAGGAUUCGUUGGGCGCCCCGAGACCAGGCCCCUCGAGCCACCAGCAUUCACUCCCGAAACCAUCCCUGGAGUGAUUUCUCGCCCUGAGACCAGGCCUCUGCUUCCCCCUGCUUUCAACCCAGAGCUUCUGCCAGGAUUCGUUGGGCGCCCCGAGACCAGGCCCCUCGAGCCACCAGCAUUCACUCCCGAAACCAUCCCUGGAGUGAUUUCUCGCCCUCAGACCAAGCCUCUAUUGCCACCAGCUGCUACCCCUGAGCUCCUUCCUGGACUUGUUGGCCGCCCCGAAACCAGGCCCUUGAUCCCUGAAAUUGUCCCUGAGGUCGUUGUCCCUUGCUCAGGCUUUGCCGUUAUGCCUGGACAAGUGCCUUCUCUUCCUCAAGCCAAACCACUGGAGCCUGAACAAGCUAUCCCUCGUCCCAAUCCUGGAUUCGCUGUGAGGCCUAUCCUUCGUCCCGUUUACUAAUGAAUACAAUUAAACACAUAAUUAUACUGAAGGUAUCAUAUCUGUUUUUUUUAAAAAUGAGCGUAAUAAAAAUAAAAAGUCUUGCAGUGUGAA